AUGGGCCGACCUGAUAUCUCACCCACGCUCACUCAUCGCCCUGCCUGCCCUACUGCUACCCAUGAGCUUAUUUACGAACCUCUCCGCAGAUGCAAUAGCUGCAAUGUUCGCCGCAUCAAGUGCUCCGGCGAGAAACCAUGUCGCCAGUGCCGAAGCUCAUCCCGAGACUGCCACUAUCCCGCUCCGGUCGAGAAAAUCUCAGUCACCCGCGGCGAGCUGGAUGACUUGAAGAGACGAUGCGAGGCGGCCGAAAGGGUUCUGCAGAUCAAGGUACCCGAUGCCGCCGAGAGACAGCAACUUUUGCAGCAAGAGGGCGGCGAUCCGGUAGGGUCCCGGGCCGGCUCCAGCUCAUCCUUCACUCCUCCGCAACAGCAGUCCCAGCAGCAGUCGACGCGCGGCCCGAGCGACGCACCAAACGAGGACGAGGCCGACACCGCCGCCGCCGGCCGUAUGUUGCUUGAUCCGGACGGCAACUCCCGUUUUCUCGGCGAGACCUCCGGCGCCACCUUCUUAGACUACCUCAAGGAGUUCAUGUCCACCGUUUCGCCUCUGGCUUUCAAUCGGCCAUGGCUGUCGCCCACUCCAAAUAACGGCUCUGCCUUCCUGGCGUCUCUCGGCAAGUACCAGACGUACGACUCCCGGCCCAUAUACGAGGACGCCAACGUCAGCCCCCUAGCCCUGCCGUCUCGCGCCGAGAUGUUGGCCAGUCUGAACGACCUGCGGUACUUCAUCCAAGACGGCAACGGCACCUUUCCCUGCGGCGGCAUCUACUGGUGGGGCGACCUCAGUACCGUCCCCGUCGUCCCGGAAUCCAUCUCCUUUCCGCCCGGGACUUCACCGCAGAACAUCUGGGACAAGUACCGUCACCUCGCCUUCUAUCACACCGCUUUCGCCGUCGCCUGCCAGGCCAAUACGACUGCCGCUCACAUGCCGAACCCUCCGGACCUGAGCCAGACGUUCUUCGCCAGAGCCCGAGUUCUCCUCGGCAACCCGCUCGAUAUCACGAGAUGGACCAUCAGCGAUGUUGCUGUGCUCGCUCUCAUGGGCUUCUAUCUCAUUGAGAUGAACCGCCGCGAUGCUGCCUACAUGUGUGUCAGCAACGCCAUGCACAUUUCCAUGAUGCACGGCGCCCACCGCGGCUGGGUGGAUGAACGAGGCAAACGUGUCUUCUGGACGCUCUACAUUCUUGACCGAUGGCUGAGCUGUCUCAUGGGCCGUCCGCCAACCAUCUCGGACGACGCAGUCCGUCUGCCCUUACCAAACGAUGCUCCUUCCCUUCCCCCUGCAGCCGGCCUCCGAGCCCACGUCGAGUUGGCCCGCAUUUCGGGCCACAUUGUGUGCAACACGUAUAGAGUCGCCCCCUACGACUACCAUCCCGGCGGAGCGGCGCGCCAUGUAGAGCGAGCUCUGCAGAUGCUCCAGGACUGGCUUGCCUCGCUACCCCCUGCCUUGCAGAUGCCCGCCGACCUAACAAGUACCGAUCCCGCAUGCUGUCUCCUGCAUAUGGGAUACAAUCAGCAUCUCAUCCUCCUCCUGCGCCCCAUAUUCUUCAUCGCCGUCAAGAAGGCCUUUGCCGAGCGCUACAUCACCACCGAACGCCGGUGGAACAUCGAGCACCACACCUCCCGAAUCCGUUCGUGCUCCGAGGCAGCCCGCCGGAACAUCCAUCUAGCCCGCUGGCUCAUCGACCUCACCAAUGGCACCCGAAAACUCCUGCAGGCGGGCCUGCACUACGUCUUCAACGCCGCCAUCAUACUCAUGCUCGAGGAGCUGCUGCCCCCGCAGCAGCAACAGCCGCCGCCGUCUCCGUCACCGGGCCUGGAAGACGUCAACUUCGCCAUCGGCGUCUUUGAGGAGGAGGCCAAGACCGGGAGCAACUACGCCAUCGAUUGCGCCACCGUCCUCAAAGACCUCAACUCGCUCAUCCAGCGGCUUCGCCUGGCCCCUCCACAAGCCAUCCGCAUCCCGGGGGCACCAUCCACGCCAGGCCUCGCGGAGGACAUGACGCUUUCCAACAGCAGCAGCAGCAGCACGCCCACGAACGUGCCCCCUCGAGAUCACCGUCUUCACAUCCAUCACCAGACGCACCAGCAGCAGACAUUCCCGCCGGGGCCGGGUCUACGCCAAGUAACCGAAGGCGACGCCCUCUAUCGACAGCUGGCGACGUGGGUUGACAACAAUGAUUUGCAACUAUACAGUAAUAAUAACUACCUCAUUUGA